CAGAGCCAAAGAGGCAGCAACCGUUCAUUACACGAAUGUUGGCAUCGAGUUAAGAAGCGAAAACGCAAGAGAGAAGACGUGAUUUUUUUUGCAAGUUGAAUUGAAAUAAGAAAAAUCCAGCCAGGUAGCUGAAUAGUGGCAGUAUCAAACGGAAAUAAGGUUAUUUGUUCAUCGAGCAAACAGAAGAGAAGGGCCCAUCGGAGGAAGCAGCUACGCGUAGAAAAUUGUGUGCCAGAGAAAAACUCUGUUCCGAGCUGCGUUCGGUCGGAGCAUUACGCGAAAACAAGUUUCAUGUGCCACUCCGAAUGAGCCGUGGUAAAUCUGCUGUGAUCCUGUGAAGCAAAGUUCUGUCGAAUCAAACACAAAUAUAUAAAAAGACACUCGGGCGAAAGCCAUUCGACGGUUUGUGUGUCGUAUUGGACCGAAUACGAUACAAUCCAGGCGACUUUGCUUGCUUGCCGGAAGAAAACAAUAAAUAACAUAAAACUAGCGCAUUCAACUGUACAGAAAAGACUUAGCAUUACUCAAAGUGCAUGGUGUUGAAGAAAAAAUUAUUCAAGUGAUAAGAAGAGACACAUCCCGGAAACAGCAAAAUAAGAAGAGAACAAGACUUUUUAAUUUAUUAUUUAUAUAUUAGCUGUAAAAUAACAAAGUUGGAAGAGGGGAUUACCGUAUCCGGAAGAAGAAAACGAAUGCGAAGCAAAUGAAACUAAGAAGCAAAAAGGACAUACACAAGUUCACACAAAAGCAAGCAAAAACCUUUAAGUAGUGAGUGAGUAAAUCAAUAUAAAGUGUAAGAAAAUCCAUAAAGAAUAAGAGAUAGUUUUUAACGCAAAACAAAAAAAACGAAACAAGAAUCUGGCGAUCAGUUUUUUACGGGAGGGAGCUGAUCACAACUAGUUAUUUUUAUACUUUCGAGGAAGAAAGCAGUAAAGUUGUAGAAUAAGUGUAAAAAAUUGUGAAACAAAACCAGUCGAAGAGGAUAAGGCAAGCCAGACGCAAUCUACUACAAUCAUCAUGAUGACUGAAACGAUGAAUUCUAAUAACCACCUCAGCCAGAAAGGCGAGAACAAAGUGGAUGACAUGGGAUGGAAAGCCAAACUCAAAAUACCGCCCAAAGAUACUAGGAUUAAGACUAGUGAUGUAACGGACACUCGAGGAAACGAGUUCGAAGAGUUCUGUCUGAAGCGCGAGUUGCUGAUGGGCAUUUUCGAAAAAGGGUGGGAGAAACCAUCGCCGAUCCAGGAGGCAGCCAUCCCAAUCGCAUUAGUCGGUAAGGACAUCUUGGCGAGGGCCAAGAACGGUACCGGCAAAACGGGCGCGUACAGUAUCCCUGUACUCGAGCAAGUGGAUCCGUCGAAGGAUUAUAUUCAGGCACUGAUCAUCGUGCCAACGCGUGAGCUGGCACUACAAACGUCACAAAUUUGCAUCGAACUCGCAAAACAUAUGCACAUUCGUGUCAUGGUCACCACAGGUGGCACAAACCUUAAGGAUGAUAUUAUGAGAAUAUAUCAGAAAGUUCAAGUGAUCAUCGCCACGCCCGGCCGUAUACUGGAUCUGAUGGAUAAGGAGGUGGCGAAUAUGGCCAAUUGCCGUAUGCUAGUAUUAGACGAAGCGGACAAGCUGCUAUCGCAAGACUUUAAGGGCAUGCUGGAUCAUGUCAUUAUGAAAUUGCCAAAAGAGCGCCAGAUUCUGCUGUUCUCGGCGACAUUCCCACUGAGCGUGAAAAACUUCAUGGAGAAACAUCUGCGCGAGCCAUACGAGAUCAACCUGAUGGAGGAGCUCACCCUAAAGGGUGUCACCCAGUACUACGCGUUCGUGCAGGAGCGACAGAAGGUACACUGCCUCAACACGCUCUUCUCCAAACUGCAGAUCAAUCAGUCGAUCAUCUUCUGCAAUUCGACACAGCGUGUCGAACUGCUGGCAAAAAAGAUUACCGAGCUUGGCUACUGCUGCUACUAUAUCCACGCCAAGAUGCAGCAGGCGCAUCGAAAUCGCGUUUUCCAUGACUUCCGGUCCGGCUUGUGCCGGAACCUGGUCUGCUCCGAUCUCUUCACGCGAGGUAUCGACGUACAGGCUGUGAACGUUGUUAUUAACUUUGAUUUUCCUAAGAUGGCGGAGACCUAUCUCCACAGAAUUGGCAGAUCCGGACGUUUCGGACAUCUUGGUAUCGCGAUCAAUCUAAUCACCUACGAAGAUCGAUUCGAUCUUCAUCGCAUCGAAAAGGAGCUUGGUACCGAGAUAAAGCCCAUACCCAAGGUGAUUGAUCCUGCACUUUAUGUGCCCCGGCCGGACGAUCCGCACAACGCAAAUGAGGAGCAAGACAUUAGCAAAUAAGUCACUACCGUCAUACAUACGUACAUAUACACACACACACACUAUUCCAACAGCAACGCCAACAAGAACAACUAUUUAGACCUACGGGACAACCCAUCGUAUACCGACCAGAGAAAGAGAGAGAGAGAGAGUGAGACUACAAAGGGAAAAGCAAAUUUUAAUAUACGAAAACGGAAUAUACAACAGUAUCAUCUUCCAAGUGUGUGAAGCAUGCGACCUCUCCUACAUCAAGACUUUCAUGGAAAAUAAAACAAAAGAUGGGAAUUCAAGCUUGCUAUGUGUGUGUGUAUCGUACACAACUACAACAUCAGAAUGGAGUCUUCAAAUUAUUACAGUUUUUGUUCAAGAGAAACUUUUUUUUUAAAUCGUUCUAUUGGAAAACAGAAAAGGAUUGAUGAAUUCGACAAGUACACAUCCCCAAACAACUUACAACACAACUAAAUCUAUAAACUAUCGUGAGAAAAAUGCAGUUAUCAGAAUUUCUAAGAGGAUUCAAGAAUGAACGCGAAUUGUAUGGAUGGCGGCAGCGCGGUGGAAGGACGAACGAGAAAGAGAGAGAAGGGUGCAUCGUGUGGAUCCAACACAGAUAUUUGUAAGCAUUGAGGCAAUAUGAUGUUGCGAACAUUGAAAAGCUAGGAAAAACUGCAACAUUUUUAUAUAUCGGGCAAACGAAAACAACUGCAGCGGCGGCAAAGGUGAGUUUAGAAAUAAGCUACUACGUGUAGGGGGGAAAUGAAACGAGAGUGGUAGGAUGCAGAUGCAGAGGAAUGUUAUUGGAAAUGAACGAAAAACGUUUUGUAUAUAGAAGUUUUCAAAAUGCGACGUGAUAAAUCUGAAUGGGCAGAAGGACGACAAAAAUGUCGCCAAGAUAUCGGUUCUUUCCCCCCAAUCCUCGCCAUAGCAGAAUCGUGUAAGGGUUAGACUUUUUUUUAGUCGGUAAGAAGAGGACUGCCUUUUGCGCUGCAGCAAUCUGAGAGACACCCACUCACUUACAAGAAUGAAUAGAAGAUAUCUGCAACACAACAUUGUAAAGAAAUGAGAACGAUUUUUAUAGCAGAAUUACAAAUCAAGGAGGAAAUAAAAACAAACAGUCUUCAAAGAUCGGAA